CUCGGUUUUUAGAGCACCGCCUGCCUGACUGAUUGCAAAAAGAAGGCGUGUGAAUGAAAGAAAGAUUGGGGGCAUGAUGAAGUACUGUAAGCUUGCACAGCAAGAGGAGAAGUCGCGUGGGAUAAUGGAAUAGAGAAAACAGGUCUUUAGACGUUCUGUUGUAUAGCAUAAAGGGCCCAACUUUCUUCCUCAGCAGAUAAACUUGACAGGAAUUCAAACUCUGGUUUAUGUGUACCUCCAAAUUGUUCAAGACCUGGCUGAAGUAAUAAUGCUCACCUCAGUAGAAGCUGCGAGUUGUUUCUGACGGUUCUUGACUGAUAAGAAGGUGACGUUUUUGCGGUGACGUGAUGACAUUGAUUGGUGAAGAAUUGACAGAUCAGGAAGGAGUUUUGGACUCGUACCGCCUGUCGGCUUGUCAGGUGCAUGUCAAUCAUCCUGUCAACUGAUCUGGUGGAAUGGCGUCUGUCACCGAAGUGAGUAGCGAUUUGGAAGAAGAAUCAUCGGUCAUAACCUCACACAUGAGUCCGAGUGGCCACAGUACCACCCUGUCCUCAGCGUCUACCGUCGCGCUUAACGUCUCAUUAAGCGGUUUAAAUGUUCCUACAUCUGAUGUAGCAGGGGGUACGUCUCUGGCGCCCGUGUCCCCGUCCUUCAAAAGCAACCGGGGCUCGUCGACCCCGUCCUAUGAUGGAGAUCUUGAUAUGACGCCACGCCCAAAACUAACCACCAAGCACCGGUACAGUGAUCUCAACCGAUCCAAGAGCGUGGACAGCUCUGAGGGUAGCGAGCCGGAGGUGUUGGUGUUUACUGAGCCCCCUAAUCGGAAGCUCUUCUGCAUCCUAUGCAAGAAUGUCUUCAAGGACCCAGUCAUCACGCAGUGUGGACAUACCUACUGUCGCGCAUGCGUAACGUCCAGGCAGUAUGAUAAAUGCCCUGUGGAUGACAUGAAACUUGCAGUAGUGGUCAACAACAUAGCAGUGAGUGAACAGAUCGGGGAACUGUACAUACACUGUCGUAAUGGCUGCAAGCCUUCGGGGACCGGCAUACAGGAUGAGUACCAGGUAGAUCCAGAUGGCUGCCCGAGUACUUUCAGAGUCAAUGAACGCAGGGACCAUGAGAUGGAAUGCAGCUAUGCACCGAUCCAGUGCCCCAACAACCCGGACUGUCCCAAGAUUCUGAAGAUGAAUCUGGAAGCACACCUCCAGAACUGCAACCUGUGUAAGUGUGACCACCACAAGUUUGGCUGCCCGUUUUUCGGUACCCAGGAGGAGGUAUCGGGCCACCGCGAAGUCUGCAGCUACGAGGGUAUUAAGGAUUACCUACAGACAUCAUCAGAGAGAAUGAGGGAGCUACAAGCCACCAUCGUACAGAAGGACCAAGAGAUUGGAUUCUUACGCUCCAUGCUCGGCAAGCUCAGCGAGAGGGUCGACAGGCUGGAGAAAUCCAUGGAACUGAAAAUCAACUACUUGGACGAGAAUAUGACCCGAAUGGAGAAGUCACUUGUGGAGCUUGACGAGCAGAAUCGUAGCAUGUCAGAUGAGCUGAUGGAUAAUAGGAGAAACUACUCGAUGCUCAACUCUGAGUUAUCCAUGAUCAACGCUCGACUCAAUUCAGGAGCUGCUGGGGUUUAUGAUCCACAACAAGUUUUCAAGUGCAAAGGAACCUUUGUUGGACAUCAGGGUCCAGUGUGGUGCUUGUGUGUAUACGGCGACUACCUCUUCAGCGGUUCCUCAGAUAAGACCAUUAAGGUAUGGGACACGUGUACCAGCUACACCUGCCAGAAGACACUGGAGGGUCACAAUGGCAUCGUGCUGGCCCUAUGCACACACGGGAACCGAUUAUUCAGUGGCUCAGCGGACUGUACUGUAAUUGUUUGGAACAUAGAUACACUGGAGCAAGAGAAGAUUAUACAGGCUCAUGAGAACCCUGUCUGCACAUUAGUUGCUGCAAAUAACAUGCUGUUCAGUGGCUCACUCAAGGUUAUUAAGGUUUGGGACGUCCAUUCCCACGAGCUGAAACGUGAACUGACUGGAUUAAACCAUUGGGUCAGGGCGCUGGUUGCAAACGGCAACUUUCUCUACAGUGGAUCCUACCAGACGAUCAAGGUGUGGGACAUGAGAACAUUGGAGAUCGUGCAUAGCCUUCAGACCUCUGGAGGUAGUGUGUAUUCCAUAGCAGUCACAAGCCAUCACAUCAUUGCAGGAACGUAUGAGAAUUGCAUACAUGUCUGGGACAAGGCGUCUUAUGAACAGGUUGAGACGUUGACUGGUCACGUGGGAACCGUCUACGCCUUAGCAGUCAUUAGUGCCCCUGGUACGACUAGAGUCUUCAGCGCCUCCUAUGAUAGGUCAUUAAGGGUGUGGAACAUGGAGAAUAUGAUCUGUACACAGACUCUCCUUCGACAUCAGGGUAGCGUGGCUUGUCUAGCCGUCUCCAGAGGGCGCUUGUUCUCCGGCGCUGUUGAUAGCACUGUGAAGGUGUGGCAGUAAGCCUGAAAACCUGACAGGCAGUACCGUACGGCUCAUCAUGACAAGAAGAGCAUUGGUCCUUCAUGUUGAUUUGCUGUUAUGGAGGUAAAGGAGUGGUGACCAGGCUAUGCAAUCCCAAUGUAAUAUAUUUCCCCUUAAAAGAAUUGCUAUCCAUAUGUGGACUUCAGACUCAGAGGGCUCCCUUCAAUGUCAAAAGCAUCUGUAAAUACUUAAAACCAUUAUGGGAUCGUACAAUUAUCCCUUCUCAUGGUGUAGCCAUCUAGUUUUGUCUACCAGUCAAAUCAGUGUAAACCAAAAGGAGGCUGCAACUCAGAUAUAGCCUGGCUCUUGUUAGUCUAACAAAAAAUUGUAAUGAUGUUUUCAUUUUGAUAGAAGUUUAGGGUUGCAGACACCACCAUUUUGAAAACACCAGCUGAUGUUAGGUUGCUUAAUAAAGAGAUUGGCAACCUAGAAUCUUGGCUUAGUGUGCCGUAUUGUGAGUCUUUAAAGGUCAGAUGUAUCAUUUCAGUUUCCACUUGGGAUUAGUCAACAUCAGUUUGCUAAGUAGUCUGAAACUACAUGAACAUCUUUACAAAAAUUCACAAACGUAGCCUUUCGGUGGUGGUGGACUCAAGCCCUUGCUUAAAGGAAAAUAUUUGAAGUUUCAUCAUCUAUUUUGGAAGUCAAUACUGGAAGCAAUGGAACAAAUUGUGUAUCAAGUAGAAAUCAUCAUCUGUGAUUGGUCGUUUCGCAUAUUUUGAAACUGAAGAAUUUUGUUUAGUUAAGUGUGUGUUAUUCAAAUCUUCCAAUGAUAUUGUCUGGUAUACACUGUACGCUACAAUUUAGUUCAAUUAGUUUAGUUGAUUAUUAGGCUUACAUGCUUGUUACUUACCAAUGCCAUCUUUGCGGGCAACAGGGGUUUUGGCUUUGAGCUAUGCCGAGCAUUGUUAUUUGUCUACAAGUGGUUCACUGACUAAACAUGCAACAAAUUUAAAGUCACCUGGAAAUAGAAUUUAUUUUUCUUUCAAACAUAACAGUAUAUGCUUACGAACAAUAA